AUGCUCACGGUCUUUUGGGACCAGUAUGGAGUAGUGAUGAUGGAUUUCCUGGCAAAGGGUACCACAAUUACCGGGACAUACUUUGCUUCAUUGCUGCAGAAAUUGUGGAAGGCCAUCAAGAUCGAGAGGCAUGGUAUGCUGACCAAAGUUGUCAACAUCCUGCAGGAUAAUGCCCCGGUUCACAACUUGCAUGUUGCUCAGUCAGAAGCACGGUCCUGUGCCUAUGAAAUCUUUCCUCGCCCCCUUUAUUCUCCUGACCUUGCACCAUUGGACUACCACCUCUUUCCAACCAUGAAAUUUUUGAAGGGCAAGCUUUUUCCAGACGAGGAAAUGCUGAUUUCUGAGGUUAAGUCAUGGCUUCUGGUGCAACCUGCCGACUUCUACAGACGAGGUCUCCACAGCUGCAUAAAGCGAUGGGAGAAGUGUGUGACUUUUGCUGGUAGCUCUGUGGAGAAGGACGAAUAA